AUGGAGCCCGGCGGCGGCGGGGACGCGCUCCCGAGGCUGCGGCGCCCGGGGCGGCGCGGGCCGGAGCCCCGGGACCCGCAGCAGCCGCAGCCGCCUGCCCGGGGCGGCGGGACGGCCGAAGAGUCUACAGCUGUAGAGAAGACGAUGAGGCCUCUUAACAGACUGAAUAUUCAUUCUGCAUUCUGGAUUUUGGCAUCAAUAGCUGUGACAUACUACUUUGAUUUUUUAAAAAAUAUCAAAGAAACUCUGCAAGCAGAGAGCUGGUGGCUUUCCUGUGGCACUUGUUUGUUGGCUGUGUGUUUAUGUGUGGCCUUUUACUGCAUACUGUAUCUUGAGUGGUACUGUGGAAUUCAGGACUAUGAUGAGCAGUACCCUGCACUGAUUCCUAUCACAACAGCUACCUUCAUAGCAGCAGCAAUUUGUUUCAAUGUUGCCUUGUGGCCUGUCUGGUCAUUUUUGACACCUGUGUUGCUCUUCAUUCAGUUCAUGGGUAUUGUGAUGCUUGUGUCACUCCUGGGAUAAGCCCUUCAGCUUCAUUUGAAGGACUCAAGUAACUGUAAUCCUGCAAAGUGUAUGUCACUUUUGUUACAUUCCAGUACUUCUGUUUCUAAUACUGCCUGUUUGCUCUAAUACAGUAAUUCUUCAUCUACUUGAUUUAUAAAUCAAUGGACAUAACCAUAGGAAAAGCAGCUGAUUAGUUAAUAAUUGGAAGAUAAAUAUGAUGUACAUCUCUUAGUAACAGGAAGCCUUUAGUUUUGUAAAGCUUUGUAAAGCUUCUAUUUAUAUUUGAGUAUUAAGCACAUGGGUAGUAAGUAAUAGCACCAUAGAAUAGUUAAUGUUGAAAGAGACCUUUAAAUAUUAUCUCUGGGGGCCUCAGAGGUUACCUAAUCAAACUUCCUGCUCAAAUCAUGUUGUUUGAUUUGGAAGUAAGUGAUACUUAAAUCAAGUGUUGUGGGGUUUUAAUACUAUAUUCUUUCCAUUUGAAUUGACAGGUAAAAUACUGUUAUCUGCAACCUGUGUUUGUACUUGUAAACUUACUUACAGGAGACAUUUCUUGAUCUCUUAAAUUUCUGCUGUUAUAUGUGUUACCAUAUAGGAAAUACUUUACUAUCUAAUGUCUUAAAUUCAGAUCUGCUAGUGUUUAAAAAAUGUAUGGACAAGGGAAAGGGAAAGCUGGUUGACAUUUGGCAGUGCCAUCAAUUAAAUAAAUAAAUUCUACUUGUACUCAUACAGUUUGUCCACAGCCAAAGGUGGAUGAUCAAGCUGCGAAUAACCAGCAAUACAUUGAACAAUAUUAACACUACACAAGAAAUUUGGAGCACACAUUGAAU